AUGUCUACCUACACUACCCGGUCCAUUGGUGCCCCCAACACUCUCGACUACAAGGUCUACAUUGAGAAGGACGGCAAGCCCGUUUCCGCCUUCCACGACAUUCCUCUGUACGCCAAUGCUGAGAAGACCAUUCUCAACAUGAUUGUCGAGGUUCCUCGAUGGACCAACGCCAAGAUGGAGAUCUCCAAGGACCUUGCUCUGAACCCCAUCAUCCAGGACACCAAGAAGGGCAAGCUCCGAUUCGUCCGAAACUGCUUCCCCCACCACGGAUACAUCCACAACUACGGUGCUUUCCCCCAGACCUGGGAGGACCCCAACCACGUCCACCCCGAGACCAAGGCCAAGGGUGACAACGACCCGCUCGACGUCUGCGAGAUCGGUGAGACUGUUGGCUACACUGGCCAGGUCAAGCAGGUCAAGGUCCUCGGUGUCAUGGCUCUCCUCGACGAGGGUGAGACUGACUGGAAGAUCAUCGCCAUCGAUGUCAAGGACCCUCUUGCCUCCAAGGUCAAUGACAUUGAGGAUGUUGAGCGACACCUGCCCGGUCUUCUGCGAGCCACCAACGAGUGGUUCCGAAUCUACAAGAUCCCUGACGGAAAGCCCGAGAACCAGUUUGCCUUCUCCGGUGAGUGCAAGAACAAGAAGUACGCCGACGAGGUCAUCCGAGAGUGCGAGGAGGCCUGGGAGACCCUCAUUGCCGGAAAGGCAUCCGACGACAAGGGCAUUUCUCUCGAGAACACCACUCUUGAGAACACCCCCACCUUCACUGCCUCUGCUUCCAUUCCCGAGGGCCAGAACCUUGCCCCUGCCCCCAUUGAUCAGAGCAUUGACAAGUGGUUCUACAUCUCUGGUGCUUCUGUCUAA